AUGAAAAGACUGCCCAUAAGGAGCCUCCGGGCGAGGCUCGUUCAGUACGCCGCCGGCAGGGCCCAUCUGGCCAAGUGCAGGUUCUCCAGCGGCAGGAAUUACGAGCCGCUCGGGAAGAGGAAAGAUGGAGGCCAUCUGUUUGGUGGGGGCACGGCAGAAAACAACAUCGCAGGAGGGAGCGCGGCAGAAAACAACAUCGCAGGUGGGAACGCGGCAGAUAACAACGCCGCAUUUGGCAACCCCCCUUUUGACGCCGCCGCAUUUGGCGACCCCCCUUUUGACGCCGCCGCAUUUGGCGACCCCCCUUUCGACGACGUCGACUUUGACGAGGCCGCCACGAGCCUCUCCUUCGACCUCAGCGUGGACGAGCAGAAGUGGAGGGACCAGGAGGAAAUGGAGUACCAAAGGUUUAUCGGUAGCGUAAGGAGCGCAAGCAGCAUAGGGAGAGCUCAUGGGAGCGGAAGCGCCGAUGUGAACACACACUCCACUGAGCCUGCCCCUGGGGGGGAGGCCGAGCUGGAGCUCCUCAAAGGGUUACUGCACAAGGGGGAGAAAGACGCCAAGUUCCUAGCGGACGCGGUGACCCUGGUGAACAACAAAACGGGCAUCCUCCUCCAGUUGGAGGAGAGACAAGCAAACAGCUUCUUCAACCAAGUGGGCGAUAACGUCCGGCAGAUGGACAGACGCAAUCUGAUCGGCUUGAUAAAAGGGCUAAGUCAGCUGAACAUGAAGAAUAGGAUCCGCGAUUUGUGUUACGAGAUCGGCAAGGUGCUCAAGGAGAAGCAGCAAUGGUGGGAGAAGCAGCAAAGGUGGGAGAAGCAGCAAAGGUGGGAGAAGCAGCAAAGGUGGGAAAAGCCGCAAACGCGGGAGAACCCACUAGAGACAGAACUCUGCCUGCACUGCGUAACCGCGCUGAAUAGGCACUCCCUGUACUUCGCCGAGUUCUACGAUUACAUGGCUUCCAAAGUGAGUCACCUGGAGGCAGAUGCGCUGGUCUCCUUUGCGGAGGAAUGUCACAAGCACAGCUUGCGGACGAAACAUCACUUAGACAAACUCGUCCCCUUGUGUGUUUCCAAAAUGGGAGACUUCAGCCUGGAGCAGCUGAAGAGCCUGUUUCACUCGUUCCACCGGUUCUGCAAGGAAUACCCCAGCUUCUACGACGGCGCUGUGGAUGCACUGGUGGGGGAUGUCCCUCAGUUUGACUUGCCCUUCUGCCAGCUGGUGCUGAGGGUCGCCACCAAUUUUAGGCACUCCGAGAGGUACACCAGCUUGAUUAACUUGGUGAGCUCCCACGUAAGUUCGCAGGUGAAGCGGUUGCACUGUGGGGAGGUGAAUCGGCUCGGUUGUGAGCAGACAGCUUUGCAGAGCAACCAGGCAGCCUCUCCAGGGCAGCACCACAUUCGUUUCACCAACGUAGCUGCAGAUCGAGCCAACAACUUGAAGAAGCGGGACCAAUCGGAGACACCGCCUGACCACCUGUCCAGCAGAAACCAAGCGGUAGCCCAAAUUGUGAAGUGCCUAAAAUACUUAGAGUACAACCGAAAAAACGGAGGGCAGGUAAAAGAGGCGGUGAACGACAUCUGCGAGAUGCUACAGAGGAACGUUCAGCUGAUUAGCCUCUUAGACAUAGAAGACGUGGUGCAUGCAGUCAGCUGCUUCUCCUCGUAUAACAAACGAAUCGUGUUAUAUAACAACUGCCUAGAUGUGCUGUGUGAGCGGUCAAAUGAUCUCCUUCAUGCGAAGAACAUCUCCCUGUGGAUACACCCCCUCAUAUGCUUGUCUAAAAUUUCUUGGUUUCACGCAAACUACUUAAGAAACGUCUUUGACUACGUGAAGGACACCUACGUGCUCAGCCGAUUGAGUGUCUUUCAAAUCUUAAAGGUCUUAUCCUCCAUCGUGAAAAUGAAUGUGUAUGAUGAGCAAGUCUACAAGGUGCUCAUCGAGCAGGUCUACAAAGAAUGGGACGUAAUAAAGCUAAAAAUGGUUGAUGUGGCCACGUUUCUGUGGGCUUGUGCCUAUGCUAACAUAAUUUUUAAGCCCCUAUUUGAUAGCUCCUACACCUUGUUGAUAGACUCACUGGGGAAAGAAGCCCCCUCCGUAGAAGCUCAUAUGGUGAGUAGGAACUGCCUCGUGAACAUCACCUGGUCUUACAUUGUGGCGAACUACCAUAAAGUGAAUGAAAAUUUUUACCACAUUUUAAACGCCACAUUUUUGGAGAGAGAUCCAGACGACUCGCAAGCUUUCAAGAGACUCCAUCAAAUUGCAGAUGCCUGCUUUAACGAGAUACCCCACUGCCUAAUCAACGUAGAUGUGGUUGAUUGCAUGUACAGGUACUGCAUGCAUAACAAGUGUAGAACCCUCAGGAACGAUUUUAGCAUUUACAAGAAGGAGAAGGAUGCCUUAAAAAUGAGGAACAGAAUAAUAAAUGAGCUGACCUACAUGCUAAAACGUUUUGAAGUUUCAUAUGAGCUCCACUUUGAACCGUAUUAUAACUCCCCCUACAUGAUUGACAUCCUCCUCAAUGAGGAGAUGAAGAUUGGCAUUUGCGUCUUUGGGAAGGAGCACCUGAUGCGCACGCUAGAGACGGCUAGCUGGGACCACAUGAACAGCGGCUUCGUCUCCCUGCAGAUGCGCGUCCUGCACGCGCACGGUUGGAAGAUCAUCCCCAUCAACGGCGGCCAGUGGCUUCAGAUGAACUCCGAGCAGAAGGAGGCCCUCCUGCGCGAAAACUUCCAGCGCUACUCAGUGCUCAUAUGA